UGCACCUUUCCGUUUUGUAACAUUAGUACCUUACGUUUUAGACCUAAUAACGAUAAUUGCGGUAUAGGCGCAUCUUGCUGAAGACUGUAUGACGAAGACCUGCUAAGUACCAGCAUCUCCAUUGUGACUCGAUGAUCUGCUUGUUAGCUAGAUAAGCCUUUUAAGGGCUGUAGUUGAAGCUGGUGCUUGGAAGGCGCGAACAUGGCAUACCCUUCGGCGAGGCUGCUUCUGGUGCUAGCUUUAGGAGUUACAGCGCUGUCUACCUGUAGCGGCAUUCAGUACAAUCCAUGUGACCCGCUGACGCCAAUUGCUAGGGGUGACCCGUUCGUGUUAGGGCUUGCACUCCUUCCUGGGAUAAAUGCCACAAAAUUGGCAAACCUGACGGCCACUUACGGUGGGAUGUGUAAUUCUACUUUUCAACAGCUUUUGACUUCGAAAUACAGUGCAAAACUUGCAAUUUACAACACCCGAGUAGACCGUCUGCAAGUGCUCAGGAUGCCCUACGCGGACAUUAUUUUCAACAUGGUUAACGCGUCCGCCCCCACCAUGGCGCUCGUAGCCUUCAGGGCCAAUGUGUCCUCUCCUCCCAUCUACAUCGUGAGCGGAAACGCAACCGAAACCUACGGCGCGGGUUUCGUGGUGUCAGCGGCGCUGCUGCCGAGGCUGGAGAACGGCAACCUGCAGUACCUCCAGUGGUACGACCAGACCUGCAACGAGUGCGGCGGGCUGCGCUCCCAGCUAUGCGUGUGGAGCACGGAGGCGGGCGUCAACUCCUGCGCCACCCCGCUGGCCAACUGCAGCUGCAGCGCCGUCAGCAGCAGCAACGGCACGUGCAGCUUUGACUCGGACCAGUUUGACGUCUGCUCCACCGCUGUCAAUGUGGCCUGGUUGGGCACCGACCGCUACCAAGCAGUCAUGCGCACGGGGCCGCAGGUGCAGCGACUCAACGCCUACUCCAUCACCUCGCUCUUCAACACGGCGCGAAGCAAGUUUAUUACGCUGAAAAACUACGUGUACGCAAACCUCGCGGACAGCUGGGGUGCCGUCAGCAGCGACGCGCAGAGCCAGUACGUGGACUUUGAGGGCGGGCUGUCGCAGUACGACACCCGACCGCCGCCGCCGCCACCCGCGCCUCCCGCGCCGCCGUCGCCACCGUCGCCGCCGUCACCACCCCAUCCCCCCUCGCCACCCAGCCCACCGCCCAGCCCACCGUCGCCGGCACCUAGUGGGGCUAGGCGGUUGCAAGAGGACGGCGCAAGCGACAUCGUUGCUGACGGUCCAUCGGCGACGGUGUCGGAGGCUGCUGCUGAUCCAUUUGGAGACCUCGUGGGUGGUGAGGAGUAGCAGCUAUACAGGCGACACCGUCCUUGGGCGAGGCACCUGGCGUGAGGGUGUAAGCCGCAAGACAUAGGGUUGCGCCUUGUGCGCAUUUGGUGGCGUUAGGUAUUCCUUGCUGUGCUGCUUCCGUAAGCGCCUCGAUCCUACCAGGCGGGUGCGUACAGCCGAAGUGAAGGAAUAUGCGAUGUGUACACCAUAACAGCUUUGAUGCAUGUUCGGUUGGAGUGGUUGCAGUUGCGGUUGCUCUUGUUGGGAGCCGCAUGCACCGACACUAGAAGGCGAGCUUCAGGGCGAUAUCCUCGGUAGGGGCGGCGAGCUGGCGCGUGAGGAGACGUGCUCGAAUCCUGAGCUUUGCAAGGUGGAGGUGGUGGUGGAGGGCAGGGGGCAUGCUUUACAGUUAUUAAUGAUCCUUUCGUGGCUGAGUGUAGGGGAAGGCUAGGUGUUAUGCACCCUAAUGGCAGGCUAUCCCGCAAACAAAAUAGCAGGUUUGUGGAAGGCCCUUUCCUACUCGGGUGUACGCGGAUAAUGUGUGCAACUGGAUAGCCGGGGUCCUAUGUGCCUGACGUAUCCCACGUAUGCGGUGCUAGAAACUCUGGAGGCUGGCAACUACGCCAAUGGCGUGCCUAUGCACGGCGGGUUUCAUCGAUGUGGGCGGUGGCAAUUGUGGCAGAACCCACGGCACGGUUGACAGGUACGGCGAUCGUUUGGGGCACGCAUGUCGGAGGGGCACAUGCUCGUUCUGGGGUCCAGAACGGCUGAUGCGAUGGCAGCCAUGGGUCUGUAGGAAUGAUGCACGUUAGUAAAAGCAUGUUACUGUCGUAAAAGCACGAGGGGGGUAUACUGAUAAAAGGGAGGAUCAUAGCGGCGGAAA